AUGAAAGUUAAUAAAAGUCAUUAAAACAAUGUAUUUUAAUUGGCUGCUUAAAGCUCUGAGAGAAUUUAAAAGUAUAUCAAUUCGAAUCAUAACUCAAGCUUUUUAAAGAGUAUAAUACUGAAUAUUAAAUAACAGGUAUAAAUAGUGGAAGCAUACCUUUGCUUAAUCCUGAUUUACAUGAAUUUGUGGACAGGACUCAUCAGAGAACUCCAUUUCAUUAUAAGUCAGAAAGAGAGAAAGCGUAAGAAGCUUAAGAUGAGUUUCUGAGAGGACAUUUACAGGCAGGUCCAUAUAUGAAACUACCUUUGAAUAUGAGGAAUGAGAUAUUGGCUAAAGAAAAAAUGCCUCUAAGGUUUGGUAAGAACCCCAGGACUGAGAACUAAAGAUUGCAAGAACAAGUGGAGAACUCAAACUAAAUAGAUCACACAUCAAGGGAUGUGACAAUGGCUUAUAGACCAAAUUGGAAGCCAACUUAAAGAGAGAAAUGGGUAAGUGAGAGUGAUUUCAAAUAAGCUGGAGGUAAGUUUACAGAGAAAACUGCAUGGAAACCAAUGCCGUUUCGUAAUCCUGACGAUAAUUAUAUAUACAUUGAAUAAGAGAAUUCUUUGAUUGAGUUUAAGAAAAUGAGAUCAGGAGGCUUAGGGAAGAUUGGCAAGCAUCCUUUUAAUCCUGUAAUCAAGAAGGACCCAUACACUCAAUACUCAACAAGCAUAAGAACAUUUAAACAGGAUUAGGCAUUCGGAAUAUAAAACAAGACAGUGUUCUCUUAGAAUUCUCAACUUAAAAAUUACAAAAGUGCCUUAAUAUCUACGAAAUCAAUGGAUCAUAUUAUGCCAUAUAAUCAUAGCAAUAAUACAUAAUCGAUAAAGAAUUUGUUUCCGAAUGUAGAGAAAUAAUACUUGAAAUCAAGUGUUUAAUUGGGAGGAGAAUUAAAGGAGUUCUAAUUGAAGACUCCCGAUGAGGAAAUUGAGGAAUUUAAGAAUUCCCAAAAUGGGUAGCCCUCGCCUAUCAGAGAAUACCCACAAGGCGAUGAUUUUAAUAACACAAACUUUGAGAAAACUAGUACUAACAUGAAGAGAGUAUUCUAGCGGUUUAAAGUAUAUGAUGAGGGUGAGACAAAGCAAAUAAUAUCAAGGUAUUUUGAGAAGGGGAAUUUUUGA